AUGAAAAUAUGCUAUUUUAUUUUUUUUAUAAUUAUGUUGGGUAAUAUAAACUCAGUCAAUUUAAGAAACUAUCGUUAUUAUUCCACCAAAGAGGCAUCUUUUCGACCCCAAACCCAAAUUAAGAAAAAUGAGAAAAAAAAUAAAUCCACAGAAAUAAGGAAACUCGAUUCUGUCAAUUUGAAAAUCAUCGAAACAGGGAAUGCAAUAAAAAAGAACAAAUGUAAAAAAAGAGAAAAAAAAAAAAAAUUUUUUUUAACACAAAAAAUAUUAAAAAAAAAAAAAAAUAUUAAAAUGAUUUUAGCACCAAAAGGAUCAAUUCAUGAAAAAAAAACAAAAUAUAUUUUAGAAGAUCCUAUAAAAACAUACCCUUGGGAAAUUAGUAUUCCUUUUCAUGAAACAAUAACAAAAGAAAUAAGUCCUUAUUAUAAUUUUUUAAAAGGUGAAUGGGCAUAUUUAGAUCACAGAAGAGAUGUACGAAAACCUUGUGGAAAAAUAGAAGGGGGAUUAGAAAAUUAUGAUGGAAAAGGAUUAAAAUUAAAAAAAGGUAAAGAUAGACAAAGAUAUAAAAAAAUACCAUAUUAUUUAGAUCAUGGUAUAAGUUGGAGAAAUUAUAAUUUUGACGAACUUAUACAAUUCGAUUUUGAAACAGAUGGAAAUCAAGAUCAAACAUUUUUAGAAACAGAAGAAGAUUUAGAAUAUAGACAAUGGGGAAAUUGGAAUUAUGUUAAUGCAAAAGAAACAACACAAUUAAAUUCAAUAUGGAGAGAUCCUGUUUUAUCUAAAGACCUUUCAAAUCUUAUUUAUCCAUGGAAUCAUAAAAUUAUAGAAAACCACGUAAUUCCUCAUGGAUAUUCAACACCAACUUGUUCAAUACCUGAAUAUAAAAUCGAAUGGGAAUUGGCAGCACGUGGUUUUUUUGGUGGAUAUUUUGAAGAUGCUAAUUGGAAUAGAAUCAAAUUUUACAAAAUUAUGAAAAGACUUAUUAUUGAAUGGCAUGAAAUAAGUAAACAUAGUGAUAAAACUAAAGAUCAGAUACGUAGAAUAGAUGAAAUUAAAACUGAAUUAUUUGGAAUUUCAUGUAAAAAAAAAUACUCAUCAAAACAAAUUAAAUUAAUUAAUGAUCACGCAUAUUUAAGAGCUAAAGAAAUAUUACUCGAUCAUAUAAUUAAUCCAAAUAAUGAUUCAGAUUAUAUUUCAUAUUUUUUGGAUAGACAUGAACCUAUUGAUUAUAUUGGAGGGGGUGAUUAUAACUGUAAUCAAAAUGAAAUACAAAAUAAAACUGUAGUACUCAAUAUGUGUGUAUAUCCAGUUAAACAACAACAUGAAUCAUAUUCUAAUAAUAUGUCAAUAUCUGAAAUGGCAGAAAUGUAUCAUUAUUUUAUGACUGAAAUAAGAAGUGAAGGCCGAUCACAUCAAUUAUGUGAAGAUCCUAAUGAUAAUAAAUACCAAUCUUAUGAAUUACAAAAUGAGAGGAAAAAAUUCCCUGCUCUUGUUGCAUUAUAUAAACCUUUAUGGUCGAAUAAAAAAUAUGGCGAAGAAUUUGGGGAUGCAUUAACUCCUAAUCAAAAAUUGUCUUCUCUUAAUUUUUCAAAAUUUAAUGUUAAACUUUCUUUGAAAAAAAAAAAUUAUAAUUUAGAAAAUCAGACCCAAGAUAAAUUAAACUAUGUUGAUGAUUAUAAGCACAUUGACGAAACAUAUGUGUAG